CGUCAGACUGAUUCGUAGCGAGUGACAUGGUCAGUCUGCUCGAGUAUAUGUAUGAGCAGACGAAACUACGUGCGAAGAUUGCCGCAUGCAUCUACAGGUGCAUACAGUAUCGACCGCAUCAUCGUCCACGAGCACUCGAAUCCAUAUAUCCACCGUACCAACCAUCAAUGGGCUCAUUUAUCAUCUUCCUAGUAUCCUGUCUGGUUCUUUAUACUCAAGCCGUUGUCGGACAAGGGUCUGAUGACCCCGUUCCGAAGCCUAUCGUCGAGUUGGUGCCCAAUAAAACUCUAAUUACCGGCCAAAGUUUAACAUUCCGAUGGACAACGGACAUAACGUCAUCGUCCGAUCAGAACUUUACCGUCUGGGCUUCCGCCGACUACAAUCACUCAGCCGACGCCGGGAAUGACACUUUGCAAAAUCACUGGUAUUUGGCAAGCAAUACUACUGAGCGGCAACACACGUGGUACUGUAACCUCAGUGCGAGUACAACGAUAACGUUCAUCGUUUUCGCCGAGUCAACCCGACUAGACACCAGGGGAGACCUUACGACUCGAAAGUACUUUAAAGACCCGGAAAGUUAUGUUCGAUAUCAGCUGGAUAAUGGAUCGACGUCGCACAACUUCACCGUCACUGCGCCUGCUAACGAGACCGCCGGUCAAGCUGGAAGCCCUGCCAACGACGCGGAUCUUUCCAUCAGAUCGGCGUAUUCUCUCGGAAUCCUUACCCUCGUGGCUCUUGUCGUUGCGCUUUCUAUUCUUGAAUUCUGAGUGACACUUCAAGUGCAAUUUCAAGUGGACCAAAAUAUCGCACAAUCUCCAGCACGAAUCCUUCUUGUAAUAAAUAGGCCAGUCCCGCGCGAGACUUUUGUUUAAAAAUAAUGAAAACUGCC